AUGUCACAGGGAAUGAUAAACAAUCGAUCCCUGGAAAAGGAUUUCACCGUUGCGAGUCCGGAAGAAUUCGUCAAAAGGUUCAAAGGAACGAGAGUCAUAAAUAAGGUUCUCAUCGCCAACAAUGGUAUAGCUGCCGUUAAAUGCAUGAGAUCGAUAAGAAGAUGGUCGUAUGAAAUGUUUAAAUUUGAAAGGUCGAUCAGAUUUGUCGUAAUGGUUACGCCCGAAGAUUUAAAAGCGAAUGCGGAAUAUAUAAAAAUGGCCGAUCACUACGUUCCCGUACCCGGCGGUGCUAAUAAUAAUAAUUAUGCCAAUGUCGAAUUAAUAUUGGAUAUCGCUCUCAGGUGCCAAGUUCAGGCUGUUUGGGCAGGAUGGGGUCACGCGUCAGAGAACCCAAAACUACCGGAAUUACUUCACAAAAACAAUAUUGUAUUUAUAGGACCACCGGAAAAGGCCAUGUGGACUUUGGGUGAUAAAAUUGCAUCUUCAAUCGUGGCACAAACGGCUGAAAUACCGACUCUACCUUGGUCGGGAAGUGGUCUCAUCGCCACAUUUUCCGAACGUAACAAACGAAUAAAAAUCUCGUCGGAACUUUACAAAGAGGGUUGCGUACAAACUGUUGAAGAUGGUUUGGCGGCGGCGCAAAAAAUAGGAUUUCCGGUCAUGAUAAAAGCAUCCGAAGGUGGAGGGGGAAAGGGAAUACGUAAAGUUGAAAGCGGCGAAGAAUUUCCCAAUCAAUUUAGACAGGUUCAAGCGGAAGUACCUGGAUCUCCUAUAUUUAUAAUGAAAUUAGCGAGAUGCGCAAGGCAUUUAGAAGUUCAACUUUUAGCGGAUCAAUACGGUAAUGCGAUAUCGUUGUUCGGACGAGAUUGUUCCAUUCAAAGAAGGCAUCAGAAAAUCAUAGAGGAAGCUCCAGCCAUAAUAGCAAAAUUGGAAGUUUUCGAAGACAUGGAAAGAGCGGCGGUCAGAUUGGCCAAAAUGGUCGGUUACGUGAGCGCGGGAACCGUUGAAUAUUUGUACGAUACAAAUGGCAAUUAUUACUUUUUGGAAUUGAAUCCGAGGUUGCAAGUGGAACAUCCGUGUACGGAAAUGGUGUCCGACGUGAAUCUACCGGCCGCUCAACUUCAAGUAGCCAUGGGUUUGCCCCUGUACAAAAUCAAAGACAUAAGACUUUUGUACGGUGAAAGUCCUUGGGGUGACAACGAAAUAGAUUUCGAUCAACCCCGACAUAAACCUCAACCCUGGGGUCACGUCAUUGCGGCGAGAAUCACGAGUGAAAAUCCCGACGAAGGUUUCAAACCGAGUUCCGGAACGGUUCAAGAAUUAAAUUUUAGAUCUAGUAAAAACGUUUGGGGAUAUUUUAGCGUCGCCGCGAGCGGGGGCCUUCACGAAUUUGCCGAUUCUCAAUUCGGUCAUUGUUUUUCCUGGGGAGAAACUCGGGAGCAGGCUAGGGAAAAUCUUGUGAUAGCAUUAAAAGAAUUAUCGAUCCGUGGAGAUUUUCGUACGACGGUAGAAUAUUUGAUUACAUUGUUAGAAACGAAAUCGUUUCAAGAGAAUUCGAUCGACACGGCUUGGUUGGACAUAUUGAUUGCGGAAAGAAUGCAAGCGGAAAAGCCCAACGUUCUCGUCGGUGUCAUUUCCGGUGCUUUACACGUCGCCGACAGAGCAAUAACGAAUAAUUUUCAAAGUUUUCAACAGGCAUUGGAAAGGGGUCAGAUUCAAGGGUCCAACACGAUAGAUCACACCGUGAGUGUUGAAUUGAUCAACGAAGGGUUGAAGUACAAAGUUCAAGUGACGAAAAGUGGUCCGACCUCUUAUUUUUUGGUCAUGAACGGUCAUUUUAAAGAAAUCGAAGUUCAUCGUUUAUCCGAUGGUGGUCUUCUAUUGUCGGUCGACGGAGCCAGUUGCAUAACGUACAUGAAAGAGGAAGUGGACAGAUAUAGGAUCGUCAUAGGGAAUCAAACGUGCGUUUUCGAAAAGGAAAAUGAUCCCUCGCUCCUUAGAUCUCCCUCCGCUGGAAAACUUUUAAAUUUUUUAAUAGACGACGGUGGUCAUUUGGAAGCUGGGCAAGCUUACGCGGAAAUCGAAGUCAUGAAAAUGGUUAUGACAUUAUCAGCUACCGAAACGGGAACUCUCGUAUACGUUAAAAGACCCGGAGCCGUUUUAGAUGCCGGAUCUCUAAUUGCUCAUCUUGAACUCGACGAUGCUUCCCUCAUUACCAAAGCUUUGGAUUAUAAGGGAGGAUUUCCAGAUGCGGAUGUUUCCGCUCCCAUCGUGGGUGAAAAACUGAAUCAGUUGCACAACAGCUACAGAUGCAUGCUUGAUAAUAUAUUGGCAGGUUAUUGUUUACCGGAUCCAUAUCACGAACCUCGAGUCCGAGAAGUUAUCGAAAAAUUCAUGACGUCAUUGCGUGAUCCGAGUUUACCAUUGAUGGAAUUACAAGAAGUCAUUUCAUCCAUUUCCGGUCGAAUACCGAUUUCCGUCGAAAAGAAAAUUAGAAAGUUGAUGAGUUUGUACGAAAGAAAUAUAACAUCGGUGUUGGCUCAGUUUCCCAGUCAGCAAAUCGCGAGCGUCAUCGAUAGUUAUGCUGCAACGUUACAGAAGCGUACGGACAGAGAUGUAUUUUUCUUAACCACGCAAGGAAUCGUCCAAUUAGUUCAACGUUACAGAAACGGAAUCCGUGGAAGAAUGAAAUCCGUCGUUCACGAACUCUUGAAACAAUAUUAUGCCGUCGAGAGUCAAUUUCAAUUAGGUCAUUACGACAAAUGCGUGUCGGCCAUAAGGGAAAAACACAAAGACGACAUGGCGGCGGUCACGUCCCUCAUAUUUUCACACGGUCAAGUUUCUAAAAAAAAUUUUCUCGUGACGAAACUCAUCGAUCACAUUUGGGACAACGAGCCGGGUCUCACGGACGAAUUGGCAUCCAUACUCAACGAAUUGACGUCUCUCAAUCGUCAGGAACAUUCGAGAGUCGCACUGAGAGCUCGUCAAGUUCUGAUAGCAGCUCAUCAACCCGCCUACGAAUUACGUCACAAUCAAAUGGAAAGCAUAUUUUUAUCCGCCGUAGACAUGUACGGACACGAAUUUCAUCCGGAAAACAUUCAAAAGCUCAUACAAUCGGAAACGUCCAUUUUCGACAUACUUCACGACUUCUUUUAUCAUUCGAACAAGGCCGUUUGCAAUGCUGCCUUGGAGGUUUACGUUCGUCGAACGUACAUUUCGUACGAUUUGACGUGUCUCCAACAUUUAGAAUUGUCCGGAGAAGUCAGUUUGGUACAUUUUCAAUUUUUACUUCCCUCGUCUCACCCCAAUAGAAUACCGAUAAACAAAUUAAAUCACGAUUCUAACGAUUUGGAAUGUUCGCUAUCUUUCAGUCCUCAAAAUUGGUUUAGAACUGGCGUCAUGACGGCUUUUCAAUCCUUUGAACAAUUCGAAAUGUACGCGGAUGAAAUAUUAGAUUUGGUUAAGGAUAGUUUGAGAAACGUGAACGUUUCGAACAAGGUUUUGGAAGCCGUCGAAAACGCUUCGGAAUCCAGGAAUUCCGGUAGCAACAGCGUGAGCCUUAAUUUAGGCGACGCCAUAAGAAUCGAAGAACAAAAUCAGAAAUCCGAACCCAUUCAUAUUUUAAGCAUAGCCGUCAAGGAUCAUAAUAAAUCGGAUGAUUCGACUUUGAGUAAAAUGUUUGGGGAUUUUUGUCGAACGAAUUUAGAAGAAUUAACGGAUCGUGGAAUCAGGAGGAUAACAUUUUUAGUUUUAAAUAAAAAGCAAUUUCCCAGGUUUUUCACGUACAGGCAGAGGGACGGAUUUCAAGAAGACAGGAUUUACAGGCAUUUAGAACCGGGUAUGGCUUUUCAAUUGGAAUUGAACAGAAUGAGAACGUACGAUUUGGAAGCUUUGGCAACGGCCAACAGGAAAAUGUACCUGUAUUUGGGAAAGGCAAAGGUCGCGAAAGGUCAAGAGGUCACGGACUACAGAUUUUUCAUACGGUCAAUAAUUCGACAUUCGGAUUUAAUCACGAAAGAAGCAUCUUUCGAAUACCUGCAAAACGAAGGGGAAAGAGUUUUGCUGGAAGCCAUGGACGAAUUGGAAGUUGCGUUCAGUCAUCCUCACAGCAAACGAACGGAUUGCAAUCAUAUAUUUUUGAAUUUCGUACCUACGGUGAUAAUGGAUCCGGCGAAGAUCGAAGAAAGCGUGACCAACAUGGUGAUGAGAUACGGUCCGAGGUUGUGGAAACUCAGAGUUUUGCAAGCGGAAUUGAAAAUGACAAUACGAACGACUCCCAACAGCAAAACGGAAACGAUAAGGUUGUGUUUAGCAAACGACAGCGGUUACUACUUGGAUAUAUGCAUGUACAAAGAAAUAACGGAUCCGAAGACUGGAACGAUAAAAUUCGAAGCUUACGGAUCGAAACAGGGACCCAUGCACGGUCUUCCAAUCACGGUGCCUUACGUAACAAAAGAUUACCUGCAGCAAAAAAGGUUUCAAGCUCAAAGCACUGGAACGACAUACGUCUACGACAUACCGGACAUGUUUCGUCAAAUGACGGAUAAAUUAUGGAGGGAUUACAUGGAUGAAAAUCCACAAGAGGACAUAUCCAUACCAUCGCAACUGAUGAACUACGUAGAAUUGGUUCUGGACGACGAUAAUAAAUUAAUCGAGACAAAAAGACUGCCGGGAGAAAAUGAUGUUGGAAUGGUCGCGUGGAAAGUGUCUUUAAACACUCCGGAAUAUCCUACGGGUAGAGAAAUCAUAGUCAUAGCCAACGAUUUAACUUAUUUAAUUGGGUCUUUUGGACCUCGCGAAGACAAAGUUUUUUGCCUCGCGAGCGAAAUGGCGAGAAAAUUAAAAAUUCCUAGAAUUUACAUUUCCGUUAAUAGCGGAGCGAGAAUAGGUUUAGCAGAAGAAAUUAAAGCUUUGUUUAAAAUUGCUUGGGAAGAUCCGGAUGAACCUGAUAAGGGAUUUAAAUAUUUGUACCUGACGACUGAAGAUUACGCAAAGGUUUCGGCUUUGAAUUCGGUAAAAACCGUUUUGAUAGAGGAUGAAGGAGAAAGAAGGUACAAGAUAACGGAUAUUAUAGGAAAAGACGACGGUUUGGGUGUUGAAAAUCUCAGGUACGCUGGAAUGAUUGCGGGAGAAACAUCGGAGGCUUAUAAGGAAAUAGUUACGAUUAGUAUGGUUACUUGCCGAGCCAUCGGUAUAGGGUCUUAUUUAGUUAGAUUAGGUCAAAGGGUCAUUCAAAUAGAAAAUUCACACAUCAUUCUCACCGGUUAUCAGGCUCUGAAUAAGUUGUUGGGACGAGAAGUGUACGCGAGCAACAAUCAAUUGGGUGGAAUUCAAAUCAUGUACAACAAUGGAGUCUCACAUAAAACGGAGCCUCACGAUCUUGAUGGCAUCUACACGAUAUUAAAAUGGCUCUCUUACAUUCCCAAAGACAAAUACUCUAUUGUUCCUAUAAUAAAAGUAUCUGAUCCGAUAGACAGAGAGAUAUCAUACAUGCCAACGAAGACUCCAUACGAUCCAAGGUGGAUGUUAGCCGGAAGGAUAAUAAACGACGGGACCGAUUGGGAAAGUGGAUUUUUCGACAGGGGUUCGUGGGACGAAAUAAUGGCUCCAUGGGCUCAAACCGUUGUUUGCGGAAGAGCUAGAUUGGGUGGUAUUCCCGUGGGAGUCAUCGCCGUCGAAACAAGGACGGUAGAAUUGAAUUUGCCUGCAGAUCCUGCCAAUUUGGAAUCGGAGGCUAAGACUGUUUCCCAAGCCGGUCAGGUAUGGUUUCCCGAUUCCGCAUAUAAAACCGCUCAAGCGAUUCAAGAUUUUUCCAAAGAAGGCCUUCCCCUGUUUAUUUUCGCCAACUGGAGAGGUUUCUCCGGCGGCAUGAAAGACAUGUACGAACAAGUGAUCAAAUUCGGAGCUUAUAUCGUCGACGGAUUAAGGGAAUACACUCAACCCAUAAUUAUUUACCUUCCGCCGAACGGAGAGCUGCGAGGAGGAGCGUGGGCGGUCGUGGACAUGACAAUAAAUCCCAGGUAUAUGGAAAUGUAUGCGGAUCCGGAAUCGAGAGGAGGAGUUUUGGAACCUCAAGGAAUCGUAGAAAUUAAAUUUCGGAUGAGAGACCUCUUGAAAACUAUGCACAGAAUCGAUCCCGUCAUUCUAUCGAUAAAAAAUGAAAUGAUGAGCAAGGGAGAAAUGUUACCCGAGCAGAAGGCGGCCUACGAGAAAAAGAUAAAAGCGCGGGAAACGUUUUUGGCACCCAUGUACCACCAAGUCGCGGUGCAAUUCGCGGAUUUGCACGACACGCCGGAAAGAAUGCAAGAAAAAGGUUGCAUAUUAGACAUUGUGCCGUGGAGAAAUUCUAGAAAGUUCUUUUACUGGAGACUGAAAAGAUUGGUUUUGGAAAACGAAGUCAAAAACAAGCUGUUGGACAUACAACCGGACUUGACCGUAGGACAAGCGUCGUCGAUGCUUAGAAGAUGGUUCACCGAACAAGAGGGACCGGCGAAAGUGUACAUGUGGGACAAUAACGAAGAAGUCAUAGAGUGGUUGGAAAAUCCGGAAACGAAAAUGAAACUGGAGGAAAACAUGGAAGCCGUGAAGAGGAAUUCGAUAGUGGAACAAAUAAGUCACAAGGUCAAAGAGUGUCCACAAGCUGCCAUGGACAGCUUAAUUGGAAUAUUUGAAAUAUUGAGUCCUAGUCAAAGAGUCGAAUCUCAUGCUCAUCUUGAAUCUCUUUUGCAAAAACUCGAAUCCGAACAGCAUCCUUGA